AUGUCUGUUGCGGGUGUUCAUGAUGCCCCGGGCAAGACUGCAAACGUGGGCACUUAUGGCGUGCAUGAGAACGUCCAACAUGGCGAUUUUGUCACGGAGAAUGAAGAGAGGGAUUUGAGACGUGGGUUGGCGCAGAGGCACAUUCAGAUGAUUGCGCUUGCUGGCGCAAUUGGAACCGGACUAUUCCUUGGACUCGGAUCCUCCUUACAGACUGGUGGACCUCUCGGCGCUUUACUCGGAUAUGCUUUCGUCGGUCUCAUCGUCUGUGCUGUUCAAUUCGCUCUUGGAGAAGUUACUGCCUUGCUUCCUGUCACAGGAUCAUUCAUCCGCCAUGCCGAGUUUCUUGUUGAUCCUGCCUUGGGCUUUGCCAUAGGAUGGAACACAGUAUAUGGAAAUUGGCUUUCUAUUCCUUCGGAGAUUUCGGCUAUUUGUGUGCUCUUCCAGUAUUGGACGGAUAUCAAUGCAUCUCUCUGGAUUGUCAUCUUCAUACUGUUGACAUUCGUGGUUGGCAUCGCGUUCGUUGGCAUCUAUGGCGAGAUCGAGUUUGCGAUGGCUAUGUUGAAGAUUGCACUGGUCGUUGGCUUGGUCAUCUUGGGUCUUUGCAUUGAUCUGGGUGGUGUGCCUGGGACCUCUCGCAUAGGCUUCAGAUUUUGGGUCACUCCUGGUCCUUUCGUCGAACACAUUGCUUCUGGAUCAUGGGGAAACUUCCUUGGUUUCUGGUCUGUCAUGAUCAAUGCAGUGUUCUCGUUUUCUGGAGUCGAAUCUAUCGCUAUGGCUGCAGCUGAGACGAGAAACCCGCGCCAGAACAUCCCUAAAGCGUGUAAAAGGGUGUUUGCACGUGUAGCGCUUUUCUACGUCGUCACGGUACUGAUUGUGGGUAUGUUGGUUCCCAGCGACGACGAGCGUCUCAACAAUGAGAGCGGCACCGCAGCACAAAGUCCUUUUGUAAUUGCUGCUUCGGCGGCAGGGAUCAAGGCCAUCCCAUCUAUCGUCAACGCUGUAGUCAUUACCUCUGCCUGGUCAUCUUCGAAUCAAGCUCUGCUUGCCGGUACACGUGUGCUCUACUCUUUAGCACUAAAGAAACAAGCUCCUGCUAUUUUCUUGCGCACCACUUCUUGGGGUGUACCUUACAUGUGUGUUCUCAUCCAGACACUAUUCAUGUUCUUGGCAUUUAUGAGUUUGUCGUCUUCAGCUUUGACUGUCUUUUACUGGUUUGUGGAUCUAGUCGGUUGUGGUGUUCUGAUCUCUUGGUCUUGCAUUCUCGUAAACCAUUUGAGAUUGAUGUCUGCGAUGAAGAAGCAGGGGAUUGAGAGGACAGAGUUGCCGUGGCAUAAUAGAUGGACUCCUUACAGUUCUGCUGUUGCGUUGGUGGCUUGUCUUUUGAUUCUGCUGACCAAUGGCUUUGCUGUUUUUACUCGUGGUGGCUGGUCUGCUAGUUCGUUCGUUUCGUCGUAUCUUGAUAUUCCAUUAAUCCUUGUCGCCUACCUUGGCUGGAAAUACUUCAAAGGAACGAAGUUUGUCGCUCUAGAAGAUAUCCCCAUCAGAGCUGCUUUGGACGAGAUUAGGGAUAACCCUGAGACACCUGAGCCAGUACGUAAAGGCUGGAGAGGAGUUAUAAUGAAGUUGCUCUGGGAAUAG